AUGAGGAAACGCCGAUGUCAGUAAUCCAGUAAUCCUUUACACAGUGACUCGAAGGAGAGACAUGGCUGUGGACAAAAACUUGCUUCGUUCCGGGCUCUCAGCAGCUUUAAUAUUUACAGUUUUUGGAAGGCUACCAGCACCACAGAAUGUGAGAAUGCAUUCCAUCAAUUUUAAAAAUCUGCUUCAGUGGAACCCGGUCAUCUAUCAUAAAGGCAACAUUCAUUAUUCAGUAGAGUAUCAAAGCUAUUAUGAUAAAGAUUUUAAAAAACACACACAUUUUAAGAAAGGCUGCACAAGCAUCAGAAUGACAGAAUGUGACUUGUCCAUACUAUCCAUUAUGGUUGGUUAUUACCUGCGUGUAAGGGCUGAAUAUGAAAAUGAGACAUCGGAAUGGGCUGUUAUCGAUGAAUUUGAACCUUCUGUACACACUGAAAUUGGACCGCCUUCAGCAGUGGUUGUGAAGCCAAGAUUAGAUAUGCUCGAUGUCAAUAUCACUGGGCCCAUAAAUGAGAAUAAUAAUACAUCUAUGCAAGAAUAUUUUCUCGACAUGACUUACAAAGUGUCCUACUGGAAAGUUGGAGAGGAAGAAAAGAUUGAGAGUAUUAACACUAAUCAGAUGAUGACAACCCUCACAAAUCUUGAAGCUUGGACCACCUACUGCCUGACAGUGGAACCUGUCUUGCGUAAUAGAAAGACACACCCGAGUUCAAUUGUCUGUGGAACUACAAAGGAUAAUGGUAGCGUUCCAGUGUGGCAAGUGAUCGUGGCUCUUCUGGCAUCAAUUUUAGUUGUUUUUGGUGUGAUAAUGGGAAUUUACUACUCAUCACAUUAUAUUUACAGGACUGUCAGACAUAGUUUCUAUCCUUCCUACAAUCUCCCCGAGCACUUAAAAGAGUACCUGAAAGAACCUUCAUUGAAUUCUCAAUUUCUACUGCCCCUGACUAACCUAUGUGAAGACUCAUUUGACAAACUGAGUAUUAUUUCAGACAUCCAACAUAGUAUUGAUAACACAAACAUUGACAUGAAUACAAAUAUUGUCAAUGGUGCAGUGACUCGGCCGGGCCGCUGGGGGCAAUGCGAAUGGGAGUGUGGGCGGCACAAUAUGUCAGCCGGCUCUCAGGGGGGUGAAACUGUGUUUGGAGAAAUACAGAUACCUACAAAUUUACAGAUUCAUGCUUAUAAUCUAAAGUAUGCGCUUAACUGGGAUGAUGUGCAACGAGAUAAUUACAGUGUGAACUAUACAGUACAGCACAAAAGUAGAAUUUGUGAAGCACAAGUAAACCACACAAUGAACAUCAAUACUAGUGUUGGAAACUGGAGAGAUGUGAAGGGAUGUAAAAACAUCAACCAAACAAUGUGUGAUUUAACUUCAACAAACAUCAAUUUUUUUGGAAGCUAUACCUUCCGUCUACGAGCUCAACAGGGGAAUCAAACAUCAGCUUGGUUGGAAUCAGCAUGCUUUGCACCCUAUAAACACAAUGAAAUUGGUCCUCCAUCAAUACAAGUGGACUCAAACGAAAAUGCUCUUAAUGUCUACAUCUUGGACCUACAAACAGAAAAUAGCACAUCCAUACAGAAAACUUACAAAGAUAUUAAAUACAGGAUAACUUUCUGGAAAAAAUAUUUAAAUAAAACGAUACGUGUGAAAAACAGCACAAGUAAACUCGUGUCACUGGAACUUGAACCUUGGACUACAUACUGUCUGCAUGUUCAGGUUUUCAGCUCUACAUUUAGAGUGGAAGGACAAUUUAGUGAGGUUGUUUGCAAAAUGACUAAAGGUACUAUUCCACUGUGGCAGAUUGGUGUAACCUUUAUCGUCUCACUGGUGGUUGUUUUUGGUGUGACAUUAGGAUGCUUAUUCUGUAUAUAUUGCAUGUACCGAUGCAUAAAGUAUGCUUUCUUUCCACCACACAUUUUGCCAGAGCAUUUACAAGAGUAUUUCAGUGAACCUACCCAGAAUGCCUUCCUUGAACUAACACCACAGGAAGAUGCUGAAGAGUGCUGUGAUCAACUCAAAGUCAUUUUUGAAACUGAAAACCUGAGUACAUACUCCAGUUCUUUAACUUUACCAAAUACUGGAAAUGAGAUAAUUGAUGACAAUGGUCAAACCAGUACAGAUUCUGGACAGUUUUCUAAUGAAGAAAGUUCCAACAGUAACAGUACUGAAGAAUCGGAGGGAAGCAUAUUAACAAAGCUAGAUCUACAGACAUCGACUAUGUCCUUUUAUGAUUAAAAGUUCCAUUGAUCUCCAACAUUUCAGGGAAGAAGUUGCUCAAGCUGCCAUAUUGCAAGUAUGAGUGUGGAAAAAUAAUUGUCUCAUUGCUUUGGAUGUGCGGACCAAGUGUAAUAUUUCCAGAUUUGCUGACGGAACAAAACUAGACAGAAAUGUUAAUUGUAAGAAGAAUGUAAAGAUGCUUCAAGUGAAUUUUAAACUGGCUGAGUGAGUGGGGAAGAAUGUGGCAGAUGAAACAUAAUAUGAAAAAGUGUGGAAUUUUCAACUUUGGUGAGAGAUUGGGAAGUGUUGAUGUCCAAAAGGACCUGAGUGGCCUUGUUCAUACUAUCACUGAAAGUUGAUAUUGUUAUGAUCCCAACUGAUAAUACUACUGGAGAAGUCAGAUCGCAGAAUGAAUUCUGGCCUGAUAGAUUGUAUUUUUUUUUUAAAUUUAAUUAAUGUGGUGGUCAUUGACUGAAACAUUGUCACCUGAGGCUGCAGUGUUUCUGUAACAUUAGAACAGAAUUUUAUUACAAAAAGGCGAAAACACAAAAGAAAAGCUGUUGAGAUCCAAUAUAGUUGGAAAAAAACUUAAAACGUAUAGCAAAACAAAGUGACAUCUAUUCCCUGACAUCACUUCACAGUGAUUCAAUUUCAUAGAAAUUACUUUUAUAUAUCUAAUUACCAGGUUUGGCUUAACUGAUCUUUGUCAGUUCUUACCUGUGAAAUGUGAAGUCAUUUUACAUGAGUACUCACAAAAUAACAGUUUAAAUUUUCUCAGUCUCUGGUAGUCUGCAGAUUUCUAACCAGAUACUCCUGGUUUGGAUGCUGCACAAACUAAAUUUUCCUACUGAGGUAGCGGUGCUUUCCCCAAAGUGAUCUAUUCUCCUCUUUUGGAGAGAAACUAUACUUGAUUUUACCCCAGCCAAGUAACCUCCAAAUUGCCCAAUAACUUCUGAUCUCUGGAUUAUCAAAUAAACAAUCAAGCUUUGAAUAUCCUGAACCAAAAAACUAGCUGAUGGCCCUCAGUGUUUACCCACAUUCAUAAACCAGCACAUUUAAAAACAAUCCUCCAUUAACUCUCUGAGAGUUCCAUGCUCUCUGACAGAUACUGGAUUAGGUCACUGCUCCAGAAAGACUGUUUGACCUAGAUAUUUCUUUUAAAAAUUCUUCAAAGAAGUAACCACAACCCCAUAUGCCACUGUUCUAAAAUCCAGAUGGUAAAAAUGAUACAUAUAUAAAUAUAGAGAGUGUGAUUCAUUUCAUCACAAAUGCAGGUACAUUAAGCAGUUAGGAAGGCAAAAGAUAUAUUAAGCUUUUGUUGCUAGAGAAUUUGAAUACAGGAGUAAAGAGUCUUUUAAAGAACUGACUGACUAGAAGAGGGAAACUAAGAGCGAAUAUUUGAGAGGGAUAUCAUGGUACUCUUGGUGAGAUGGAUAGCACUAGCAUAGAGAAUAUAAAAUCAUUCGGUGAAGUCAGAGUCAGGCAGCAAGCAACAAAGUCUAAAUCAGGCUGUAUAUAUGUGAGCGGAUGGAAUACGGUAAAUAAGUUGGAGGGUUACAGGCACAAGUUGGCAUGUGGGAUUAUGAUGUGACAAUAAUUGACCUGCCUCAAGAAAUGGCAGGACAGGUUGUUCAGUAUUCCUGGUUGCAAGGUGUUCAGAAAAGAUGGGGAAGGAGAAGGGAAAAAGUAGGAAACAAAUUCAGAGCUGACUUCAUGAUAAAAGAGAGAACAAGUUAAAGAGGAAAAAGUGUGCAUGUGACUGGCAUCUGGUAGUGAAUAUAUCUGAGAAUUAAGCUGAAUAUCGAGUUCAAAAGGGAAGUGACAAAUCAAAUAAGAGCCAGAGGGUUAUGAGAAAAGACAGACAGUUAAUAUGAAGGGGAAUACCAAAGUCAUCUUCAGGCACAUAAAUAAAAGGGGGGUCAAAGGAGAAGAAAGAUACCCAGAAAGGGGAUUUACCCGUGAAGGCAAGAGGCAUGAUUGAGGUGUUAAAUGAAUACCCUGUACCUGCUUUUACCUUCAACGCAGAUACUGCCCAAAGCAUGGUGACAGAAAGAAAGUGGGUGACAAGAAGGCCUUAAAAUGACGUGGCAAAAGGUUCGGAUAGGUUGUUAAUGCUUUAAAGUUGAUAAUUCACCUUGGAGCGAAUGAGAUGCAUUCAAGGAUGUUGAAGGAAGCGCAAGGUGAAAUUGUAGAGGCACUGGCAAUGAUCUUCUCUGGCUUCAGGUGGCGCCAGAGGACUGAGUGUAGAAUCGGACUUGCAGAAUUCCAUUCUUGGAACCUCCUUAUCAAAACUGCACAUUAUGUGGCUUGAAGAAUAAUUAAAAUUAAAGAAAAGCUUUCAAACAAUAUGUUUAAUAAUGUAAGUAGUUAUCAGUGCACACUCCAGUGUAAUCGAUCAAGAACUUCCAUUAAACGGGUGUGCAAGAAUGACCUGUAGAAUUUCCACUGAGUGGUUUCAAACUACUAAUUUUUUAGAUCACUUAGAUUUAAAUCUUUGAGAUUUCUCUGUCUAUCAUGUGCAGUCUCCUCACCAAGAGGGGAGAUAAUCUAAAUUUGGAGAACUAUCAUUGGUCAGUUCUUUUCAUAUUAGCGAUCUGUUAGAAUAUCUAACAGACCAAGUGUACUACAUUCUCCAUGCAUGGGUUUUCCCUUCAACUUUCCUGACUAUUUCUUGUUGUUCUUGAUGCCAUCUUUGAAUUAACUGGAUUAAGAAUCUGGAUAUUUUUCUUCACUUUGUCCCUUAUAAUUGUGAAUUUGAAAGUGGUGUUCUCCAGUGUUUUCUUUUCCUGAUUUACAUAAAUGAUUUGCAGAUGGGUGUUGAGGACAGAAUGUCUAAUUUUGCAGAUGAUACUAUGCUAAGUAUAGUGAAUUGUGAGAAUGACACUGAGUGACUUCAGAGGGACGUACACAAGUUGUUCAAAUGAGCAGACGAAUUUCAGUGCAGAGAAAUGUGAGGUCAUGCAUUUUGGUAGAAGAUACUGAGAGACAGACAAUACAGUCUCAAUGGUACAACUUUGAGGGGAAUAUAGAAACAUAGGGACCUCACGGUUCACUGCAUAAUUCUGUGAAGGUGGCUAGGCAAGUUGAAAUAGUUGUUAAGGAAGCUUAUAGGAUCCUUGGAUUUAUAAAUAGAGGCAUACAGUAUAAAGGCAAGGAAGUGGUGCUACACCUCUACAAAUCAUUGCUCAGACCACAUUUGG